CUCCUCACCGUUCUCUUCUGCAUAUUCUAUUUCUAUUGCACGCAGUCUCGCCUCCAUUCACAGACCUCACAGUUGUCUCAGUGGAGAUCGAGAAAUGUCAUCAUCGAAUUCUCCGUGCGCUGCGUGCAAGUGCCUGAGGCGGAAAUGCACGCAAGAAUGCGUGUUCGCACCGUACUUCCCACCGGACAAUCCUCAGAGGUUCGCUUGCGUCCACAGGGUAUUCGGGGCAAGCAAUGUCGCUAAGCUUCUCAAUGAGCUGAACGCUUCGCAGAGAGACGACGCCGUCAAGUCCCUGGCUUACGAAGCCGAGGCCCGUCUCCGGGACCCAGUCUAUGGUUGUGUGGGUCUCAUCUCCAUCCUCCAGCACAGGCUCAGGCUGAUCCAAGUGGAACUCAACAAUGCCAAGAAGGAGCUCGCCACGUAUAUUGGACCUCAGGCUCUUCAGUCCAUGCCUCCCACCAUUCUAGCGCCUUCUGGAAUGAUCCCACAGCAACACCCAACCAACCCAUAUUCUUCCACCACCGGUUAUCCCUACAACAACAUGCCACCGCCUGCGCCUAUGACCAAUAUUCCAGCCAGUGGCUCUUCUCAUAGCGGCCAACUGGUACUUCGUGACCCUUCCCAACAGCACCAGAUCUUGGACGCUCAGCAGUUGGCCGCGGCCGUGGCGGCGAGAGAGCAACAAGAUAUGUUUCGGGGUUACGAGCAGCAGCAGCAGCAACAAGAGUUUCUGAGAUUCAAUGGUGGAUACGAUGUGGGCUCGGUUUCUGGGAGUGGAUUCAACAAUCAUAUUUCUUCAACUGCUGCUCCUAGCGACAUGUCUCCUUCCUUGGCUCUCGGCUCCUUCGACAGCCCUUACGGCGGCCAGAUGCAACCGCCACAGACGGAGCACCACCACCACCAGCUUCAAGCUCAGCUAAUGCUUUCCCCCCAGCAGCCGCCACCACAGCAACAAAGCCAGCAGUCACAGCAAGCCCACCAGCAGCUACAGUCAGAAAGCGAGGAGGGUAGGAGUGGCAUCUGCCUUUCUAGUUGAUCUUUCCAUUUUUGCAGCACUAGCGCCUGCCCCGCCUGUUUAGUCAACCAAUCUUCAGCCUAGUUCUUGCCUGUCAGAUACAUAUAAAUAAAAAGAACGAUCCAGAGGAGUAGAGCAUACAUGUGAGAUUCAAUCCUCCCUCCUUUUUUUGGGUACAUAUACAAAGAAGACUCUCGGGGUGGACAUGUUUUAAAGUGUGCUUAGAAAUGCUUUAGUAAACCGUAGUUGCUUUCUGCCCCCUCAAAAUAUUUUGUCUGCUAUAGAUUUUGGUUUUGGUUCUCAGUUACCCUAUUUCUUCUUUCUUUUCUCUGAUUGAAAACAUAAUUCAUUUCUGCAUCAAGCACGCUAUAUACACUCCUUGCUUUAGAAAACAAUUCAGAUCAUCCUUCGUAGUU